AUGUGCGCCCAGAGGGCAUACUUGGCAAGCCGUGGGAGGCAGCAGGAGGAACAGAAAGCUCAGAAAGUUGGCUGUGAACAGGGGUCAUCCCCUGUAUGCCCCAUUACCUUCAAGAUUCCCUCCUCCAAUCCCACCAGGCUUCCCUCCAACAUCCCCCUCCGCACACUUCCCGCCCACGGCGAGCGACCAGACCUCCAACGCAAUCGGGAGCAGGCGUCCUCACUGCUUGCACCCCACGGCCGCGGCCACCCCGUCGACCAUCCCGGCUACUCAUCUGAGUCGGAAGAAGACGACAGUUCGUGUACAGACACGGGCGACAUCGCCGAGCAGCUCGACGACGAAGAUCCUCUGCGCGAGCGGGUGACAGAGACGCUCGACGGCGACGACACCCUCGCGGGCGUCUUGAAGAAGAAACACCACAACCGCCACUCGAAGCGGGUUCGUUACAGAGAGCCGCUGUCCUCCGGGAGCAGCCGGUCCACGUCUCGGCACGCUGGUGUCAUCGACAAAGAGGCCAUCCAGAUUCCAAACAUCGGCAACCGCAAGCCAUCCAGGGCAGAACGCCUACUAGCCGCAAUCAUGACGGGCGGGUCGAGUUCGAUCCACGGCCUAACGGGCAAGCCGUUACUCGGCGAGUAUUUUAAAGAGUAUUUCCAUGACCCGACUCCGGUGCAGAUCGCGACCAUGGUCGCGAUCCUCGAAGUCGGCGCCUUCAUAUCUUCCCUUGUGGUCGGCCGGGUCGGUGACAUCAUCGGGCGGCGGAGGACCAUUUUCUAUGGGUCUUGCGUCUUCUUCGUCGGCGGCGCCAUGCAGAGUUUUGCGGUGAACAUGGCCAUGAUGAUGACGGGCCGAGUUCUGGCUGGUCUCGGCGUUGGUAUGCUGUCGACCAUCGUGCCGGUCUACCAGUCCGAGAUCUCGCCUCCUCACAACCGGGGCCAGCUCGCGUGCAUUGAGUUCACCGGGAACAUCAUUGGCUACGCUACCUCGGUUUGGGUUGACUAUUUCUGCAUGUACAUCAAGAGUGACCUGUCCUGGCGUCUACCUCUGUUGAUGCAGUGCGUUAUGGGCGGCCUGCUCGGCUUGGGGAGCUUGAUCAUUGUCGAGUCACCCAGAUGGCUGCUGGACAACGACCAUGACGAGGAGGGCAUCGUCGUCAUUGCAAACCUCUACGGUGGUGGCGACAUCCACAACCCUCGUGCCCGCGACGAGUUCCGCGACAUCAAGAUGAACGUCCUCAUGCAGCGCCAAGAGGGCGAGCGCACGUACGGUGAAAUGUUCAAGCGGUACGGACGCCGCGUGUUCAUCGCCAUGUCAGCGCAGGCGCUAGCCCAGCUGAACGGGAUCAACGUCAUUUCGUACUACGCGCCUUACCUUUUUGAGCGAGCCGGGUGGAUCGGGCACGCCGCCGUGUUGAUGGCUGGUAUCAACGGUAUCACCUAUGUUCUAUCAACCAUCCCACCGUGGUAUAUCGUGGACCGCUGGGGCCGGCGGCCGAUUUUGCUCUCGGGCGCUAUUGCUAUGACGCUUUCGCUGUCGUUGAUCGCGUAUGUGCAGUAUCUCGACAUCCCUGCCACGCCAAAGCUGGUCGUCAUUCUCGUAGUCAUCUACAAUGCGGCGUUCGGAUACUCGUGGGGACCUAUCCCAUGGCUCUACCCGCCCGAGAUCCUGCCUCUCAAGAUCCGCUCCAAGGGCGCCAGUCUAUCGACAGCCACGAACUGGGCAUUCAACUUUCUCGUGGGUGAGAUGACGCCUAUCCUGCAGGAAUUGAUUGCCUGGCGGUUGUACCUCGUGCACGCCUUCUUCUGCGCCGUCAGCUUCGUAGUUGUGUACUUCCUCUACCCCGAAACGUGUGGCGUCCGCCUCGAGGACAUGGACGUCCUCUUCGGCGACUCGACCCGCGCCUUCAACACCCCGUCCGCGGGCACCCCAGCCAUCCACGCCGAGUCGGACGCGCUCCUACGGCCUGCGUCGCCCAUUACCGGGCUUGAUGCCGCGAGAAAUAGAUCGCCGCUGGGCAGGCACGCUGCCAGCGCGGCAAUCCCGGGGCUCGACAUCGAGCCGCCCGUUGAUGUGGAGGCCGAUAUCAAGCCCAGCCAGGGUGGUGGUGGUGGUUCUGGGGGAGUAGGUGGGUGGUUUUCCAAGAUGAUUGGACGGGGAGGGAGUGGUGAGGGGAGCGGUGGGGCGUAUGCGGCUGUUGAGCAGCGGGAGAACUAG